ACGACCCUCGAAUCGCUUCAUUGUCUUGGCCGAACAGUACAAGGAUACUACAAAUCUUAGUUUGAAAAUAUCGCAUGAGAAUAUGAGAUUGUUCCGGAAAGUCUUCCCAGCUCGGCUAGCAAGGAGAUAUCUUGGCUACACUCAGCUGGGAGCUACCACGAUCCGAUUCCCGAUGCGAUGCCAAAUGGCAACAGUCCCCUCACACGUGCGCCAGCCAUUGGGACAAAAAACAUCCCAACCAUGCCACUUUGCCAUGUUUGCCCAGGAUCGUGCUCCAUUGACCAAUCUCCUCCUUUUCUCGGCGUUCCGUGGUAUCGGCGCCGUCACGAAUCCACGUGCAGCAGUGGAGUGCGGACGCACCCAAUCGCCUCCACCAAACCUGGCAACAUCUUGCCUCGUCGCUUGGUGAUCUUGCAGCCAGUCAGCCUCAUGGGUACCACCAACAGCGUCAUUAACUUUGCUCCUUUAUUGAAAUUUCAUUACCAUCAACAACGAGCUUCCUAAUGCAGAAACUGUGGGGGAGGUUUAUACGCGCAAUUGUUGGCCGGUCCGUCUCUGGAUAAUACCCAGGGUACGGUGGUAGCUCACCCUCGCUGCUCAAAUCCAAACUUCGGUCGCCCGUUGCUUGGCGUCUGUCAAUUCUAUCUCAAGCAUAGCAGCUUUCCAAUAGCACUAAAUCUCUUUUAGUCCCCCUUCAUUGGGGCUUAUUGGAACAAAAUGGUCUUCCGCACUUCUUUUGCGUUGGCAGCAGCCGCCGCAUUUCUGUUGCCGUCGACCCAAGGUCAAACGUUCCAAAGGCUCGGGUCAUGCCCCGACCUUGGAUGCAUUCUUCCUCCUGACCAGAGUGACUUCCUGCCUGGCCAAUUUUUCGACAUCCGUCUCGAAAUUCACGCCCCGGUAAAUGGAUCGGAGGCAUUCAACAACGGUGUUCCCGAUGAGGACUUCACCGUGACGAUCACCAAGGAUGGAUCUGGAGCAGAGUCCAAGACCAUUACCCAAUUCUUCAGCAAGGAAGAGCCCAAGAUUGAAAAGUGGACUUUCAAUUGGUUUGAGGACCUUUUUGCGGAAGAGGCCAAGACGCCCUCUGUCGUCAACGUCGCCUCCAAGGUCCACCGUCGCGUGGCUCUGUACGAGCCGGGAACCUACCAAGUCGUUCUCUCCUACUACGGAGGAAAGACCACCAAGGCUACCUGGGUCGUUCGGCCUCUUGCCGAGGUCAAGAAGACCAAGAACGUCAUUUUCUUUAUUGGAGAUGGAAUGACCACCAACAUGAUCACUGCUGCCCGUCUGCUUGGGCACAAGUCCAUUAACGGCAAGUACCAGAGCACAAUGCAGCUCGACAAGUUCCCCGUCAUCGGCCACCAGAUGACCCACAGUAUCGACACAUACAUCACCGACUCUGCCAACUCGGCUUCUGCCCUUUACUCUGGCCACAAGUCGACCGUCAACGCCAUGGGAGUAUAUGUCGACUCCUCGCCCGAUGCCUUUGACGACCCAAAGGUCGAGACGGUUGUGGAAAUGUUGAAGCGCGUCUGGGGAUCCGCUUGGGGUGCUGUCUCCACCGCUUUUAUCGCAGACGCCACUCCGAUUGCCCUCACGGCUCACACUAGACUUCGGAGCCAGUACGGACCUCUCAUCAACCAGGCACUCAAUGGCGUCACCAACUACACCUGGACUAACCACGGUGGCCCUGACGCCUACUUUGGAGGUGGCGCCGACCAGUUCAUUGCUGGCUCGGCCUCGUUCGAGGGCAAGGACUACUACGACGAGUUUGCAAAGAAGGGGUACACCGUGUCGCUGAACAAGACCGCUCUCGAAGCGAUCCCCAACGACCAGAGGGCCCUGGGCAUCUUCUGCCGUGGUAACCUCCCCGUGUGGCUCGACCGCAACGUCUUCACCGACUACCUCGGCAAGCAGAAGAAUGACCCGUCCGGCGCCGACAAGCCCGCCUUGGACCUGCCCGGUCUCAAGGAGAUGACCCUCAAGGCCAUCGACGUGCUCCACACCCGCGGUGGCGAGAAGGGCUUCUUCCUCAUGUCCGAGGCCGCCUCGAUCGACAAGCAGAUGCACAGCCUCGACUACGACCGCGCCCUCGGUGACCUGCUCGAGCUCGACGACACCGUCAAGGCCACAGUCGAGAAGCUUGAGAAGAUGGGCAUCCUCAACGAGACCCUGAUCGUGGUCAGCGCCGACCACGGCCACGGCUUCGACGUCUUUGGCAGCGCCGACACCAAGUACCUCGACUCCAAGGACAACGACCGCGAGAAGCGCAACGCUGUGGGCGUCUACGAGCGCUCCGGCCAGUCCAUGUACCAGGUUGAGGUCCCCGGCGUCUCGUACAACACUGGCCCCAACUUCCCCGUCAACUGGGACCCCCGCUACCGCAUCGCCUCCGGAUUCGGCGCCAUGCCCGACCACCGCGAGGCCUACAAGCUCAACACCAGACCCCGCGCCCCCACCACCACCACCCCCGGCCGCGCCUCCAACGACAUGUACGCCAACCCGGCCGACCAGCCGGGCGGCUACAUGAUCAACGGCACCCUGCCCCCCAAGGAAGCCCAGGGUGUGCACUCGCUCACCGACGUGCCCGUCUACGCCAUGGGCCCCUGCGCCGAGACGUUCGGUGGCACUUAUAACAACGUCGACAUCUUUUACAAGAUUGCGAGCUGCCUGGGCCUGGGCCACUCCAAGGAGAAGCAGAACUGUGCUUCCAGGAAGCACUAGGCUUUGUUAGAUUUGUUUGGGAGUACAAAAGUAGAGUAGUGUAUGGUGCAAUUUCUGCAAAGAAAUAAUGUGUAGAGUUAAUAAAAGGC